AGUGAAGACAUAUAGUAAUUGCCUAGAAAUGCAAGCACUUCCUCCACCACAAAAAGGAAAAGAAAUACACUUCUUCGUUCCAUGACUUUCAAACCCUUAAAAACUUCUCUCUCUCCCUUUUCUUUCUUGGCUCCUUCUUAGCUGGUUUCUGCCUCAAAAUUUCAAAUAUUUAUAAUCCGGAAAGCGUGCGGCUGCCACAUCCUGUUAUAAGUUUUUCUGAAGAUUACGUAACUUUGAAGAGUUACUGAAAGUUCAACAUGGGCAAUUGCCUUAGAUCUCUCUUUAAUGAUCCUAGCACUCCUAGCUCCAUAGCCAACAGCGAUCCUGCCACCUCAGGGACAUCUAAAAUCAAUUACAGCAACACCACCAUAGAUUUCUCAGCCACAAGUGGCAGUACUGCUUGCAAGAGUCAAUUCUCUGAGGCAGUGAGUCAUGAUGAAGGAAAUGAAGCGACAAAUAAUCCAAAUGGACAAAUAUUGGAAUCACCAAACUUGAAGGAGUUCACUUUUGCAGAUUUGAAGAGUACAACAAAGAAUUUUAAAUCGGAUACUUUGUUGGGCGAGGGAGGUUUUGGUAAAGUCUAUAAAGGUUGGAUUGAUGAGAGGACUUAUGCACCCUCUAAGUCUGGCAGUGGCAUGGUCGUUGCUAUCAAGAAAUUGAACCCAGAAAGUGUGCAAGGGUUUCAAGAGUGGCAGUCAGAGGUGAACUUUCUAGGAAGGCUAUCACACCCCAACUUGGUUAAGUUAUUGGGCUAUUGUUGGGAGGAUAAAGAGCUACUCCUUGUGUAUGAGUUUAUGCAGAAGGGAAGCUUGGAGAACCAUCUUUUUAGAAAGAAUCCUAAUAUUGAACCCCUCUCUUGGGAUAUACGGCUAAAGAUAGCCGUUGGAGCAGCUAGAGGUCUAACUUUCCUGCAUACUUCGGACAAGAAAGUCAUUUAUAGAGAUUUCAAGGCCUCUAAUAUCCUGUUGGAUGGGAACUACAAUGCCAAAAUAUCAGAUUUUGGCUUGGCAAAAUUGGGGCCUUCGGGUGGAGAGUCACAUGUGACAACCAGGGUCAUGGGAACUUAUGGUUAUGCUGCUCCUGAGUACAUUGCAACAGGUCAUUUAUAUGUAAAGAGUGACGUGUAUGGUUUUGGCGUUGUGCUACUUGAAAUGCUGUCAGGCCGAAGGGCACUUGAUACAAAGCGGCCGAGUGGUCAGCAAAAUUUGAUCGAAUGGUUAAAGCCAUUUCUCUCACAAAAAAAGAAGCUCAAAACCACCGUCAUGGAUGCAAGGAUCGAGGGCCAAUAUUCAUCCAAGGCAAUGGUACAAGCAGCACAGCUUACUUUAAAGUGCCUAGAAGCAGAUCCUAAAAACAGGCCCUCCAUGAAAGAAGUUGUAGAGGUGUUGGAACAGAUAGAGGCAAUGAAGGAAAAACCAAAGGCAACCAAAAGCACUUUUGGUUCCUCACUGUCAAAACCCCAUCGCAGAGGCCAACAACCAAACCUGCAUCGUUUUCCGUUUCAUUCCAGGUCAAAUGAGCAGGAAACAUUCAAAAACAACAAAAAGAAGUAAAGUAAGCAGAAUUGGACCCAACAAAUUAUAUGUGCACACAAAAUUAUUUACUCCAUUAUUUUAAUUUCUUUGACUUUUGUUUAAAAAGCCAUCAUUUUUAAGUGCUUCCUUUUAGUGUAGAACAGAUUCUGUUGUAGUUGCCAUUUGUAUUCAAUGAGAUGAUAAUUCUGUAACUUGGAAAACAAUAAGUAUGUGAUUCUUUAAUAUAA